AUGGUUUCUUUGCUCUCAUUUCCACAAGAAAUAGUCAACAAGAUCACAUGCCUUCUAUAUACAUCAGACCUCAUAUCAAUCACAAAAGUCCAAGAACUAGAACCAAUAUGGAGGUACUGGAUAAUUCUGACUGAAAAGAAUUUGGACACACCCCAAUCAAUCACAUAUUUCCACAAGGAUCUAAAUGAAUUACGUCAAAGUGGUAGAACAAAACCUCACUUGUUGAUAGUGGCAUUGAGGCAUAAGGGGAUAUCUAGUUUGUUUUCAAUCAAAGUUUGCGAAUAUCUAACUGAACAACCCCCAUACAAUAUUUCAAUUUUGGGUUUAGGUAAUGUUACUGUUCAUGAUUUUCUGAUUAUAGUAUUGAUGAAAAAUUUAUCACAAUCAACAGAUGAUAUGAUUCAUCCAAUUGAGAUUAGAGGUUCUAAAAUACAUCUUUGGAAUUUGCCAAUACAAUCAUUUUUCGCUCCAGAGGUUAAAUAUUUGAAAUUUUCCAGUGCUCAUUUUUUACCUAAAGUUGGUCAUCCAAUAGUGACUCCUAAUUUGGAAAAAAUGGAACUCAUUGAAACUUCUAUACUUGAAUGUCCUGAGCUGUUAACUUUCCCCAUGACUACUAAAUUUAAAGAUUGUUUUUUCGAUGCACAAAUGUUGCAAAAUGAUUGUUAUUUCGAACCUUUUAAAAAUGUGAAAACUUUGGAAAUUUUGAGCUGUGCAGGAUUCAAAAAAAUGUUAGGACUUGAGUUUCCUUCUUUAGAGCGUUUAAUAAUUAUUAAUGAUCUUGGAACUGUGCAAAUUUCGAACAUUAAGGCACCAAAGUUAGGCUUGUUGAGUGUUCGUUCACUCGAAGAAACAGUACGGAUUGAAGAUUGUCAAUUUGGUAGACUGGAAAGGUUUGAAUUUAGUGGAUCAGCUAUUGAUAGUUGUAAAAAAAUAUGGGCACCAAACUUGAAAGACAUGGAAAUCGCAAUACUCUUCGAUAAUGACGAUGAUGAUGAUCUAAAUUUUAAUCAAAAGAUUGAUGGAAAUUUGUUUGGUAAUGUUUCGCAAUUGACAAUGUUAACUAGAAGUAUCCCUUACAUUGAUACAUCAAACCUUUUAAAUUUAGAGUACUUGCAUCUUGCUGAAAAAGGUCAAUAUGAUCAUGAUGGGUUAUCAUUCAUCAAAGCUCCAAAUUUGAAAACUCUUUGUUUAACAGAUGUUAUAUUUGCAGAUAACGACAAAUUAAAGUUGGAAGCUCCAAAUUUAGAAGUUUUGUCAUUGCGCAAUUGUUCAAUUGAUUAUGAUAUUUUUCAAGAUAUCACAACUCUUUUCCCCAAGCUAAAAGUUUUCAGAUAUGUGGGUCCUUUUUUUCGUCCAGGUUUUAGCAUGACUCCUGAAGAUUUGAAAUGGAGUUUUUGUAAUCAAAAGUUACCAGAAUUGGAAACAUUUAUAAUUCAUUUCAAUACUAAACUCUUUUUUGAUAUGAGGUCGAUUGAUGUUAGUUUUGAAAAUUGCCAUUUCCCAAAGUUGAAAAUGUUAUCUGUCUAUCACUUCUUGUCAGACUUGAAGCUUUGCAAGUUGGAAAUUAAUGCACCACAUUUGAGAUUUUUGAGUGUACAAGGUUUUGAAAGGGAUGGUGCUGAUUUAUCAGAUUAUAAAGAAUUAAAAGCACUAUACAUUAGGGAUUCAUCGCUUUACAAAAUACCUGAAAGUGAUCAAUUGGAGUAUCUCAAUGUGCAAAAUUGUUCCUUUGAGAGUUUUGAUAUUGAAAAUUUCAAAAAACUUAUUGAAUGCCAUGUUAUGGACUCCAGAGUUUCAGGGGUUAAUAUAACAGACGAGUUUAAGGGAAGAGAUGACUUCGUCAUAAAGACUAAAGAGGAAUUGGAUGCUAAUAUGUUUGAUUUAUUUUUACCAGACACUAGUCUUCAGAGUUAUAAGAGAACUGAUGAUAUGGUGAGACUAAUAAUGGCACACAGAGAAUUUCCUGCGAUAUUGGAAAACAUUAGUGAUUUAUGAUGUGCAGUUUUUGAGCUAGAUAUUACCCAUAUUUCAAAUCAUCAAGUACUCAAAGAUCAGGAAC